AUGGUAUGUGGUUCUGAAAGCCAGACUCGUAUUUCAGCCGCAUUCUGCGACUUGUAUUGCAGCCCGUUGUGUUGCGUGUCCGAGGCAAACAUUGUGAAGCAAUGCAACUCAAAAUUCGAGGAUUCGUAUGUUCACAUGUCCUCCUCGCUCCGCUCGUUGAAGUUAUAUUGGCGUGGUGCCAAUGAUGACUCGGUUGGAGUGUACGCCAGGGAGAAUAUGGGCCUAAAAAUGGAAAACGGAGGAUUAUCUCUUGCGAAUUACAAGUUUGCGUUGAACACCGUAAUUUCGUUGAAUUUCCUUGUCCCCAAAGAUCCAAAGUAUAUCUUGUAAGUCGUCUAGUAUAGGCUAUUUGUAAAGUGGAAGGGUUUUUUGCGAUUUGUGGCCGCUUUUUGACAUAUUAGGUCGAUCAGAAAGUUCGCUCGUUUUUUUUUGAAUGUUUAAUUUUUCAUUAUUUUUCGGGAAAAAGCAGAUGCCGCGAGCGCAAAUUUUUUCCUCCUAGAUUCAUUUAUGAGCCCGAAAAAUGAUGAAAAAUUUUAUUAAAAAAAAAAAAAAACUAAAAAGACAGUGUUGUAGAGGAGAAAAAGCUGUAUCAAAUAAAAAUAUUCCCUUCGCCAAACAAACAAACAAUCCUUGUAAAACAAAGCAAUGAAAAAAAACGAACGAACUUUAUGGACGAGCCAUUAGUAUCCUUGAUAAUGUCGCAAUCCUUUCCAGCAAUCGAAUCGGACUCCGUCGCAGAGCCGACGGCUCCUCCUUCGUUGCGGACCUCUAUAACAAUGGCUUGAUUGCCCAACCGUUACUCUCCAUAUGUCGUACGCAAAGACUUCGAGGCUUUAGUCGACUGAAUUUCGGCAAGCUCUGCACUGAUGCUUGCGAAGACUAUCACUUCUUUGAUAUUGUCAGUGGUAUGGAGUUCAUGCUUGACGUUGCAUACGCAAAAGUCUUUGAUUACGAAAUAUAUGGCCGCCAUCGAGUAGGUCGUAAUUACCUUGCGAUCAUAGCUGCUCCAAUUUUCAGAUGGUGAUCUCCGAGUCGGAGGCUUUCUAUGUCCCUCAAGUCGUGUUAGCGCAUCUUCUAAACACAAAGAUCCUCAGAUUUUACAACCAGCAGAAGUACAUGGUCGAAAUCAACCCCGAGUACAAGUUUCUGUGGAAGCUCUCGGACACAUUCGACAUCUCUUUAAACGCAACAACCAUGUUCUCCAGGCUUCCAUCCCAGGCGUUUAUAAUCAUCAAAUCAUUGGAGCCAAAUCCUGACGAUUUAAAGUGGAUUUUGAGCUCAAGACUCUUCUUCCAAUACUGUGUUGCGUUGGAUUAUGAGAAAACUAGGAUUGGAUUUGCGAGAAUGCAGCCAAGGAAGGAUCUAAGAUCGGAUGGAUAG